ACGAACCCAAGUUUCAUCUGCAGGAAGAAAGUAUUUUGUAAGGGCGAGGCGCCAGCAGCUUCAACGUAAGAACAUAUAUGUCUGAUUUUUCUUUUAAAUAUAGUACAUGUGCUUCGUGUGGAUAAAGAACUGAAAAUGGCUGAGGAAAUUCAAACUAAGCUUGAGCAAUACCGGACUGCACCUUUCGAUGCCAGAUUCCCUAACCAAAAUCAGACGAAGAACUGUUGGGCCAACUAUCUAGAUUUUCAUCGCUGUCAAAAAUCGCUGGACACCAAAGGAGUGGACAACGCCCCAUGUGACUGGUAUAAGAGGGUCUACAAGUCACUCUGCCCCAUGUCUUGGGUCCAGAAAUGGGACGACCAGAGAGAUGAGGGAACCUUCCCAGGGAAGAUCUAAACACAUCUCCAAAGACAGUCUCAAAGAGAAGUUGUCUUCACUGCUAAAUGUUUGUUUGAGAGGUAUGGACAGGCCUCCUCUACCUCUCCUCUACUGCCCCUCUGAAAUGGGAGCAGAAUAUAAUUGAAGUCAUUCCUUUACAGAAAAAAUAAUUUAUGUAUGGCAUUAAAUGUCUCAGGCGAUAUUUAUGGA